AAGAACCUAAUCUAGUUGGAAUUGGUGUUGGGGAUUUGAGCUCAAUUUCAAUGUUACACUCCCUGAUGAUGAUGGCUCCGUCACCGGCGUGUAUGGCCGCCCGCAAGACGUCAUCGCCUCCGCCGCCGCGGAAAGGCCAAAGGCAGAAACCCGCCACAAAAACCUCCCAUGGGUUCGGGCGCGAGAAGAAAUCACCCGUAUGGCAGUGCGUGGAGAAGUGCGGCGCGUGUUGCAAACUCGACAAGGGCCCCACUUUCCCUUCCCCUGAAGAAAUAUUCGACAACCCUUCUGACGUCGAGCACUACAAUAGCUUGGUUGGCGAAGACGGGUGGUGUAUACACUAUGAUAAAAGCUCAAGAAAAUGUUCCAUUUAUGCUGAUCGUCCGUACUUUUGCCGAGUUGAGCCAGAGAUUUUUGAUACUUUAUAUGGUAUUGACAAGAAAAGAUUCAACAAAGAAGCUUGCAGUUGUUGUGCAGACACUAUUAAAACUGUGUACGGAGCAAAUUCACAUGAGCUGGAAAAGUUCAACAAUGCUAUAUGGAGCAGCAGCCCUAAAUGAUUAAUCUUGCAAGAAGAGCUAAUUGAAGAUUGUUACAUGAUCGGCUCCUAUGCAAUGGCGCAUCCAUGCUAAUCGGAAUGCUGAUCAACAACAAGGGAAAAUCAUAUAAUCUCGUGCUCUUCAAACAAGCAAGAGACGCAAGUGUUGCGGUUUGCAAGCUUGUAGCACAAAUCAUCUAAUCUAUGAUGUGCCACGGAAUGAGCAAUCGAUGUGAAUUGAUCUCGUGUAAACUGGAAUUCACUGUCAUUAGGUUAAACGAGGUUCAACGUCAUGUACAUUUUUCGGGUUAGAGAAGGCAGGAUAUGAUGCAAUAGAAAUGAAUAAUUUUCUUGCUUCUUACUA